GGAUCCUGCCAUGGCAGCCGGGGGCACCUCGGGGGGCACCUCGGGGGGCACCGGGGACCCCCCGGCCCUGGGGACCCCCCUGCUUGAGAUGGGUGACGGCACCGAGGAGGAGCUGGCACGGUUCGUCCCCGACGUCACCGACGGGGCCCCGGCGAUCCUGCGGCAGGUGGCGGCGAUCUGCGCUUACCCCGCGCUCCUGGAAAACAACGACAUUCCCGAGAGAGCCAAGAGACGAGCCAGGAGAAUCCUGGGACAGCUCCAGGGAGGGAGCCCCGGCGCCUACAACCUGGAGUACGUGACGGGCCCCGUGGCCGAGAGGAUUUCCCGGUUCCUGGAGCACCGGGACGGGAUUCCCUGCGAGCCCCAGAACGUCAUCCCCUGCAGCGGCACCGCCGCCGCCAUCGUGGACGUGCUGCGGCUGCUGGUGGAUCCCGGCUCGGCGGUGCCCACGGGGGUUCUGGUGCCCGUGCCGGGCCCCCCCGUGCUCGGGGCGGCCGCGGGGCUGGCGGGGGCCGUGGCCAUCCCGUACCCUCUGGCCGAGGGCCGGGGCUGGGCCGUGGACGUGGCCGCGAUCCGGCGGCAGCUGCGGGACGCGCGGGGCCGCUGCCGCCCCACGGUGCUCUGUGUCGUCAACCCCGGCGACCCCACGGGGCAGGUGCUCAGCCGGGGGGACAUGGAGGCCGUGCUGGGCCUGGCGGCCGAGGAGCCCCUCCUGCUGCUGGCGGACGAGGUGCAUCAGGAGCGCUGCUUUGACCCGGCUCGGCCGUUCCUGUCGUUCCGCCGGGUGCUGGGCGAGGCGGGGGCUCCUCUGUCCCGCUCUGUCCAGCUCAUCUCCUUCUACUCCCUGUCCAAAGGGAUGGCGGGGGGAGGGUUCCGGGCGGGAUUUUUCGACCUGGUGAACGUCGACCGGAGCGUCCUGAAGGGUUUCUACACGUGGGGGAUGUCGGUGUAUCCCCCGAUCCUGGGCCAGGCCAUGCUGGAGGUGGCCAUGGACACCCCCAAAUCCCCGGAUUCUGCCUACGAGGCCGUGCAGGAGGCGCUGUCGCUGCAGCCCGACCGUUUCUUCUGCCGGCGGCUGGAGGAGCUCACGGGGCUGGCGGUGACCCCGGGGAGCCACUUCGGGCACGGGGGGGGCUCCCACCUGGG